CACGGUCUCUCACCACGCGCACCGACCCACUACAAAAGAGGGCCACCACCGGGUAGAGGUCGAGGAGGAGGAAUAGAGAAUUGAGGGCGGCGAAGAUGCUGAGCGGGAUCAUCGACGGGCUGACGGGGGCGAGCAAGAAUGCGCGGCUCAAGGGCACGGUGGUGCUCAUGCGCAAGAACGUGCUCGACCUCAACGACUUCGGCGCCACCGUCAUCGACGGCAUCAGCGAGUUCCUCGGCAAGGGGGUCACCUGCCAGCUCAUCAGCUCUACCCUCGUCGACCCCGGUGAGCAACCUCAUCAUCCUCGUCUCCUCCUCCUACUUCCUUCUAAAUCUCGAGCUAGCUAGAGCCCUCGAUCUUGGUUGCUUUUCCAUCCCUUGUGUAGCUAGCAAAGCGCAUUUUUUUCCCUUCACCAUACGAAGCAAAAUAAGGCCUACUUGGGCGGCCAGCCAUGGGCCAUGGCUCGCUGCCUUUACCUCGGCCCUCGGUCAUCUCUGACGGGACAUGGAAAGAAUCGAGAGCAACACCGAGAAAAGAACAGCAGAGGCCGGCUUGGGUGCAGUGCAGAGCACCAGAUGCUGCCCAGCUCGUGAACAAAGUAAAAGAAGACACACAAUAGCAGCUCAAAGAUCAAGCACUCAGAAAAACAACGGCAACCGCGGCAAGGUGGGCGCCGAGGCGAACCUGGAGCAGUGGCUGACGAGCCUGCCGUCGCUGACGGCCGACGGCGAGUCCAAGUUCGGCGUGACCUUCGACUGGGAGGUGGAGAAGCUGGGCGUGCCGGGCGCCGUCAUCGUCAAGAACAACCACGCCGCCGAGUUCUUCCUCAAGACCGUCACCCUCGACGACGUGCCGGGGCGCGGCACGGUGACCUUCGUCGCCAACUCCUGGGUCUACCCCGUCGCCAAGUACCGCUACGACCGCGUCUUCUUCUCCAACGAUACGUACCUGCCGAGCCAGAUGCCGGUGGCGCUGAAGCCCUACCGCGACGACGAGCUCCGCAACCUCCGCGGCGACGACCAGCAGGGCCCCUACGAGGAGCACGACCGCGUCUACCGCUACGACGUCUACAACGACCUCGGCGAGCCCGACCGCGGCAACCCGCGCCCCGUCCUGGGCGGCUCCGCCGACCACCCCUACCCGCGCCGCUGCCGCACCGGCCGCAAGCCCGCCAGCACCGACCCCAACUCGGAGAGCCGGCUGUCGCUGGUGGAGCAGAUCUACGUGCCCCGCGACGAGCGCUUCGGCCACCGCAAGAUGUCGGACUUCCUGGGGUACUCGAUCAAGGCCAUCUCGCAGGGGAUCGUGCCGGCGGUGCGCACGUACGUGGACACCACCCCCGGCGAGUUCGACUCCUUCCAGGACAUCCUCAACCUCUACGAGGGCGGCAUCAAGCUGCCCAAGAUCCAGGCGCUCGAGGACAUGCGCAAGCUCUUCCCGCUCCAGCUCGUCAAGGACCUCCUCCCCGCCGGCGGCGACUACCUCCUCAAGCUCCCCAUCCCGCAGAUCAUCAAAGAGGACAAGAAUGCGUGGAGGACCGACGAGGAGUUCGCGCGGGAGGUGCUCGCCGGCGUCAACCCGAUGAUGAUCACGCGCCUCACGGAGUUCCCGCCCAAGAGCACGCUCGACCCCAGCAAGUACGGCGACCAGACGAGCACCAUCACGGCGGAGCACAUCGAGAAGGGCCUCGAGGGCCUCACGGUGCAGCAGGCGCUGGACGGCAACAGGCUCUUCAUCCUGGACCACCACGACCGGUUCAUGCCGUUCCUGAUCGACGUCAACAACCUGGAGGGCAACUUCAUCUACGCCACCCGGACGCUCUUCUUCCUGCGCGGCGACGGCAGGCUGGCCCCGCUCGCCAUCGAGCUCAGCGAGCCGUACAUUGACGGCGCCCUGACCAAGGCCAAGAGCAAGGUCUACACGCCGGCGUCCAGCGGCGUCGAGGCCUGGGUGUGGCAGCUCGCCAAGGCCUACGUCGCCGUCAACGACUCCGGCUGGCACCAGCUCAUCAGCCACUGGCUGAACACGCACGCGGUGAUGGAGCCGUUCGUGAUCGCGACGAACCGGCAGCUGAGCGUGACGCACCCGGUGCACAAGCUCCUGCACCCGCACUACCGCGACACGAUGACCAUCAACGCGCUGGCGCGGCAGACGCUCAUCAACGGCGGCGGCAUCUUCGAGAUGACCGUGUUCCCGGGCAAGUACGCGCUGGCCAUGUCCUCGGCGGUGUACAAGGGCUGGAACUUCACCGAGCAGGGCCUGCCCGCGGACAUUGUCAAGCGGGGCGUGGCGGUGGCGGACCCGUCGAGCCCCGGCAAGGUGCGGCUGCUGAUCGAGGACUACCCGUACGCGAGCGACGGGCUGGCCGUCUGGCACGCGAUCGAGCAGUGGGUGGGCGAGUACCUGGCCAUCUACUACCCCGACGACGCCACGCUGCGGGGCGACGAGGAGCUGCAGGCGUGGUGGAAGGAGGUGCGCGAGAUCGGGCACGGCGACCUCAAGGACGCGCCCUGGUGGCCCCGGAUGCAGGCCGUGCCGGAGCUCGCCGGCGCCUGCGCCACCAUCAUCUGGAUCGCGUCGGCGCUGCACGCGGCCGUGAACUUCGGGCAGUACCCGUACGCGGGGUACCUCCCGAACCGGCCGACGGUGAGCCGGCGGCGGAUGCCGGAGCCCGGCACGGAGGCGUACGCGGAGCUGGAGAGCGACCCGGAGCGGGGUUUCAUCCGCACCAUCACCAGCCAGAUCCAGACCCUCAUCGGCAUCUCGCUCAUCGAGGUCCUCUCCACGCACUCCUCCGACGAGGUGUACCUCGGCCAGCGCGACACCCCGGCGUGGACCUCCGACACCCGGGCGCUCGCGGCGUUCAAGCGGUUCAGCGACGCGCUGGUGGAGAUCGAGGGCAAGGUGGUGGGCGCCAACCGCGACCCGCAGCUCAAGAACCGGAGCGGGCCCGCCGAGUUCCCCUACACGCUGCUGUACCCCAACACCUCCGACCGCACGGGCGCCGCCGCCGGGAUCACCGCCAAGGGCAUCCCUAACAGCAUCUCCAUCUGAGCAGCGGCGUGCCUGCUCGUCUGCUAGCCGUUGCGCGUUCUCGAGGCCAUGAGAGUGAGGUGGUGCUUGAAGUCUUGAACAAGUCAUGUUGCUUUCGUCUCUCUCUCUCUCUCUCUCUCUCUCUCUCUCUCUCUCUCUCUCUCUCUGUGUGUGUGUGUGUGUGUGUGUGUGUGUGUGUGUGUGUGUGUGUGUGUGUGUGUGUGUGUGUCAAUACCGCGUGAGAGCUUGUAGAGAUCGGUUAAUAAUAUUUGUGCCGGCCGGUAAAUGGAAAUAGCACGUAAUAAACGAAGUGAAUUUGCAUAAAGCAA